UGUUUGUUUUGAGAGGGCAAAGGUCAUUGUGGCUAUAUCCAGGUUGGACAUCUUGCAAGGCAUCUCUCUUGAUAGAUACAGCUCUACAGGACAUAGUAGUCUCCUACACUGCAGGAUUGUGACAUCACUGUCAUUAACAGGUUUCAUUGGCUAUGGCAAACGUGGAAGUGCUCUAUGAGGGAGUUUUGUCAAUGUGCCGCAACCCCUCGAAGAGCAGCAGGGACUGGACCCAGCGCCUCUUUGUUCUCAAGCUACACAAGGACACCAACACAGCCAUGCUCGAAUACUACAAAGACAAGAAAAAGAGGUGGCAGAAACAGGAUACGAUUGGCGUUGUCCCUCUCUUCCCAUCUUUUAAACUCUCUCUUGCUCACGAGUGCAGCUACAAGUUCCCCCUUAAGUUGAUCGCAUCUGGACAGACAUAUUUCCUUUCAGCGGCUGAUUUUGCUUCCAUGAAUGCGUGGCAUCAUCACAUACAGCUCUCUCAAAUACUAGGAAACCCAACAAAAGGUUGUUUCGAGUACGAAGUGAAUGUGAAGCAAUCUGAGUCAACGAAUUUGAUGCAAGCACAAAACACUUGUCUACUGGCACUCACAGCUGGCAGCGAGAUCAUAUGUGCAACGUUUCCACGGAGACAAGUGUUGGGGGUGUGGCCUUACGACUGCCUCCGGGGCUAUUGGUGUAAAGAUCGAGUGUUUGGUUUUGAGGCUGGACGCAGAUCACCGAGAGGAGAGGGAAUAUAUGAAUUUUUCACCGAUAACAAUGAGAACAUCUACCGAAAUUUAGAGAAAGCAAUAGCAAAAGUAAAGGAAGGAACAGCGAAAGUAAAGGAAGGAGAUACACGCCCACCCCUCCCGAAUCGUCACUCAAUCACACCCCCCGUGUCAACAAGCUCGUCAGACGAAGAACAACCUCCACUACGGCCCACGAAACUACACCCAAUAAAGAAAGCAGGCUCUGUUAGGGCACCUCUACCAACGCCUGACCCCAGCUCUGGCCUACGCAGGGUCAAAACACACACUGGAGUUAAGAGAUGGCUCAACGAUACUUACGACCCCGAGUCCCCCUCUAACCCGAGACGAUCACUUUCCCCCGUGUCUAGCGAGGACCCUUAUUCUCACACGGUUCAUGUGAUACACGCCUCCCCUGAACCACCCCCCACACAGACGUACCAGAGAUUACACAGUGGCCUCGAUAACACUCGACCUGGGCUGGUGGAAACUGCCCGUCCAUCCUCGCAAGGUUUUAGCACUCUAGCCGAAGAAGACAUGCCAACGUACGAUGUUGCCUUCCCUGUAACAUCGGGACAUGUUCGAGCUCUCCCGCUAGACAAUGAGUAUGCCACACUAGACAGAAGUAACCCUGCGACAGUUGUUCAACAGCAGAUCCCACUUCAAACUCAAGAAGUGGCUAGGGUACCGAUGGUAGCUACAGGGCUUGUACCGGCACCUAGACUACAAGACGAUAUCCAAAUUCAAGAUGAUGAAUUGACUGAUAACCCUCUGUACAAUUCUCAGGAUAAUCUACUCAAGGCAAUUGGUAAACUAACCGGAGCUAUAGCCACACCCCCACUACCCCAUCGAAACAUAGACACAUUGCCCGAAUUUACAGAGCUCAUCAGUCCAUGCUACGAGCAGCAUCACCUGAGUCGAGAAGCAUCACCGAAGGUCACUGCACAAGACCACCGUGGAUUAAACGGUGAAGACACUACAGACUCGGCAGAAAUGAAAGGAAGUGGGGAGACUUCGAAUGAAGAAAAAAAGCCUACGAAACCGUACAGCAAAGUGAAGAAGAAGUCGCCAGUUGCACCACCCGAGACUGAGGACAAGCCAGCUGAUGAGGGGAGUGGAGGGGAUUCCCCUCCUCCUAUACCCGUCAGACUGUACAGCAUGGACAGCAAUAACUCUGACCCACCAAACAAUGACAACUGAAUAAUUAUUAUUGUUAUAGCUGAAUACUUUUAUAACAAAGUCGUUUUGUGUUUUUAUUCCUUAUUCAUGCGAUUUAAUUAUUAACAGUGUUCUGAGAAUUAAAAGUUCAUUUACAACA